UCCCAGCGCGCAGAACUUGGGGAGCCGCUGCCGCGAUUCGCCGCCGCCGCCGCCGUCUUCCGCCGCCGCAAGAUCGGCCCCUGCCCCAGCCUCCGCGGCAGCCCUGCGUCCACCACGGGCCGCGGCCACCGCCAGCCUGGGGGCCCACCUACACUCCCCGCAGUGUGCCCCUGCAUCCCGCAUGUAACCCGGCCAACCCCCGGCGAGUGUGCCCUCAGUAGCUUCGGCCUCAGGCUGUGCCCACCACCCAACAUCAGCUCUCCAGCUCGCUCGUCCGGGAUGGCAGCGGCCAAGGCCGAGAUGCAGUUGAUGUCUCCGCUGCAGAUCUCUGACCCGUUCGGCUCCUUUCCUCACUCACCCACCAUGGACAACUACCCCAAACUGGAGGAGAUGAUGCUGCUGAGCAACGGGGCUCCCCAGUUCCUCGGUGCUGCCGGAACCCCAGAGGGCAGCGGCGGCAAUAGCAGCAGCAGUAGCAGCAGCAGCGGGGGCGGUGGUGGGGGCGGCAGCAACAGCGGCAGCAGCGCCUUCAAUCCUCAAGGGGAGCCGAGCGAACAACCCUAUGAGCACCUGACCACAGAGUCCUUUUCUGACAUCGCUCUGAAUAAUGAGAAGGCGAUGGUGGAGACGAGUUAUCCCAGCCAAACUACUCGGUUGCCUCCCAUCACCUAUACUGGCCGCUUCUCCCUGGAGCCUGCACCCAACAGUGGCAACACGUUGUGGCCUGAACCCCUUUUCAGCCUAGUUAGUGGCCUCGUGAGCAUGACCAACCCUCCGACCUCUUCAUCCUCAGCGCCUUCUCCAGCUGCUUCAUCGUCUUCCUCUGCCUCCCAGAGCCCACCCCUGAGCUGUGCCGUGCCAUCCAACGACAGCAGUCCCAUUUACUCAGCUGCGCCCACUUUUCCUACUCCCAACGCUGACAUUUUUCCUGAGCCCCAAAGCCAGGCCUUUCCCGGCUCGGCAGGCACAGCCUUGCAGUACCCGCCUCCUGCCUACCCUGCCACCAAGGGUGGUUUCCAGGUUCCCAUGAUCCCUGACUAUCUGUUUCCACAACAACAGGGAGACCUGAGCCUGGGCACCCCAGACCAGAAGCCCUUCCAGGGUCUGGAGAACCGUACCCAGCAGCCUUCGCUUACUCCACUAUCCACUAUUAAAGCCUUCGCUACUCAGUCGGGCUCCCAAGACUUAAAGGCCCUUAAUACCACCUACCAGUCCCAACUCAUCAAACCCAGCCGCAUGCGCAAGUACCCCAACCGGCCCAGCAAGACACCCCCCCAUGAACGGCCGUAUGCUUGCCCUGUCGAGUCCUGCGACCGCCGCUUUUCUCGCUCGGACGAGCUUACCCGCCACAUCCGCAUCCACACAGGCCAGAAACCCUUCCAGUGUCGAAUCUGCAUGCGUAACUUCAGUCGUAGUGACCACCUUACCACCCACAUCCGCACCCACACAGGCGAGAAGCCUUUUGCCUGUGACAUUUGUGGAAGAAAGUUUGCCAGGAGUGAUGAACGCAAGAGGCAUACCAAAAUCCACUUAAGACAGAAGGACAAGAAAGCAGACAAAAGUGUCGUGGCCUCUUCGGCUGCCUCUUCUCUCUCUUCCUACCCGUCCCCAGUGGCUACCUCCUACCCAUCCCCUGCCACCACCUCAUUUCCAUCUCCUGUGCCCACCUCUUACUCCUCUCCCGGCUCCUCUACCUACCCUUCUCCUGCGCACAGUGGCUUCCCGUCGCCCUCGGUGGCCACCACCUAUGCCUCGGUUCCACCUGCUUUCCCCACCCAGGUUAGCAGCUUCCCGUCCGCAGGUGGCAGCAACUCCUUCAGCACCUCAUCGGGGCUUUCAGACAUGACAGCAACCUUUUCUCCCAGGACAAUUGAAAUUUGCUAAAGGGAAUAGGAAAGCAAGGGGAGGGGGCACGAAAGACUUAAAGGACAGGAAGGAAGAGAUGUCCGUCAGAGCCCGCCUCUUAGGUCAGAUGGAAGAUCUUGGAGCCAAGGCCUUCUAGUCACGAGUAGAAGGUCCGUUGGCCAUUAGCCCUUUCACUUACCAUCCCCGCCUCCCCGGUCCUGUUCCCUUUGACUUCAGCUGCCUGAAACAGCCUUGUCCCAGUUCUUCUCCUCUAUCCAAAGGACUUGAUUUGCAUGGUAUUGGAUAAAUCGUUUCAGUAUCCUCUCCAUCAUAUGCCUGGCCCUUGCUCCCUUCAGCGCUAGACCAUCAAGUUGGCAAAAAUGGGUGUGGGCCCUCAGAACCCUGCCCUGUAUCUUUGUACAGCGUCUGCCAUGGAUUUUGUUUUCCUUGGGGUAUUCUUGAUGUGAAGAUAAUUUGCAUACUCUAUUGUAUUAUUUGGAGUUAAAUCCUCACUUUGGGGGAGGGGGGAGCAAAGCCAAGCAAACCAAUGGUGAUCCUCUAUUUUGUGAUGAUUCUGCUGUGACAUUAGGUUUGAAGCUUUUUUUUUUUUGAAGCAGCAGUCCUAGGUAUUAACUGCAGCAUGUGUCAGAGUGUUGUUCCGUUACUUUUGUAAAUACUGCUCGACUGUAACUCUCACAUGUGACAAAGUAUGGUUUGUUUGGUGGGGUUUUUUGUUUUUGUUUUAUUUUUGAAAAAAAAUUUUACCCGUCCCUUUGGUUUCAAAAGUUUCACGUCUUGGUGCCUUUUGUGUGACACGCCUUGCCGAUGGCUUGACAUGUGCAAUUGUGAGGGACAUGCUCACCUCUAGCCUUAAGGGGGUAGGAGUGAUGUUUUGGGGGAGGCUUUGAGAGCAAAAUGAGGAAGAGGGCUGAGCUGAGCUUUGGUUCUCCAGAAUGUAAGAAGAAAAAAAAUUUAAAACAAAAAUCUGAACUCUCAAAAGUCUAUUUUUUUAACUGAAAAUGUAAAUUUAUACAUAUAUUCAGGAGUUGGAGUGUUGUAGUUACCUACUGAGUAGGCGGCAAUUUUUGUAUGUUCUGAACAUGAAGUUCAUUAUUUUGUGGUUUUAUUUUACUUUGUACUUGUGUUUGCUUAAACAAAGUGACUUGUUUGGCUUAUAAACACAUUGAAUGCGCUUUACUGCCCAUGGGAUAUGUGGUGUGUAUCCUUCAGAAAAAUUAAAAGGAAAAUAAAGAAACUGUAACUGGC